CAUACGAACGCAAGAUGGCUGCCAAUUUAUGUGAACGCAAGGACAAGUAGAAAAGUGAUAUCCGUUUGUGAUAUUUCGUUUAUAUUUGUGAUAAUAACGAUAAAAAUAUUAUCAUUGUUUUGUGUAUGUGCCUGAAGGAAGUUUUUGUGCAAUAUAUUAUGAGUUAUUAAUGUUUUAAAGUAGUUUGUGUAAUCUUACGUUGGAUGGUACAAAAUGUUCCUUGUUGAAUUGUGAUUAUUUAUGCAGUGAUACAAGUUUUUGGAUCGCUAUGACGCUUGUUGUUGGAUGAUAUCUGUGUUAUCACCUGGGCGGGUAUGGAGAAGGCCAAGGCGUACAUAAAGAGCUCGCUGGCGUCAAAGCCGGCGUCGCCGUGCGCGUCGCGCGACAAGCCGGCGCCCGCGCAGCAGGAGGACGCGCGCGUGUGCUUCGUGUGCGGCGGCGCCGGGUUCAGCGACCACUACACCGUCAGAGUCAAGCCUGAUACGCAGUGUACGGAGCCUUACUUCCCGUUCCUGGGCGCGCACGCGCCGCCGGCGGGGUACCGCGCGGAGGGCGACGAGGAGGGCACAGUGCGAUGCUGCUGCGUGUGCUACACCUUCCUGCGCCAGCAGUGGGAGCAGUACGACCGGGAGAACAAGCCCCACUCCCAGCGCUUCUACUGGAUGAAGAGGCUUGACGGCAAGCCUUUUAUAGGCGCCGACAUGUCGUUCCAGGGCGAGUACGCGGCGCAAGUGCUGGGUCUGUCGGGCGAGCCGCGCGACGAGGCGGCCGCGUCGCCGCGCCCCGCGCCCUUCCCGCCCGACGCGCCCGCGCCGCCGCCCGACAAGGACCAGAACCAUACUAAUCAUACCAAGUUUAAUAAUAAUCAGCGGUUUAGCGGCACGGGCGGCGGCGCGGCGGGCGAGGAGGAGGGCGUGCUGGACCUGCGCGCGCGCGAGCCGUCCGUCAUCUCCGUGGGCAGCCAGCACUCCGGCGCCUCCGAGCCGCCCGGGUACCUCGACGCCGUCAGAUCAACGGUGUCGGUGUACUCGGGCAACUCGAACUCGAGCUCGGACCGCGACAUCCUGGACCUGUCGAUGCCGGACAAGAACUCCAUGACGGAGGUGUGCUACGUGUGCGGCGACGAGUACAAGCGCGGGACGUUGUAUAACUUGCACACCAAGGAGCCUAAGGAUAAAUCGAAUAAGCAAGCGUACUUCCCGAUCUUCGGCGAGCAGCACCCGCGGCCGCCGCGCUCGCGGCCCAAGGACGCGCAGGGCACCGUCCGCGCCUGCGCCGCCUGCCAUCACCAUCUGCUGCAGCAGUGGAACGCGUACCAGAUGCGUGCGGUCCCGGCGAAUGAGCGCGUAUACACACUUAGAACUCGACCGCCGUCGUUACUCCCUCCCUCCCCGCUGAGCCUGGCGAGCUCGGGCGACAAGUCGCUGGCGGCGCACACGCACUCGCCGUCGCUGGAGCGGCCGGCGUCGCAGCCGUCGGCGCCCGCCACCACCGCCAGCUUCGUGUGCUACGUGUGCGGCGUCAGCGCGCCCAGCUCGCAGCUCCGCCUCGUCUACUGCUGCCCCAACCCCGAGCGGGAGCCCUACUACCCCUUCAUCACGACGCUCAAGCCUCAUCCCGAUGCCAGUCCUAUUAGUCCACAAGGCAUGGUACAAAUUUGCGCGUCGUGUUACAAGAGCAUACCCCACAAGUACCCCGCGUACGGCGAGAACGGCGAGCCCAACGCCGCGCACAAUAACUCACACACCAAUAACAUUAGGUUUAAGCCAUACGACAUGAAGUCGAGUUCGAGUCAGUCGAGCAAGCGGCCGUCGAACGCGCUCUCCAGCAGUCCGCAGAGUCAGAUCGUGGCGGGGGAGAAUGGCAUGGGACUGUAUAGAUGCUACGUGUGCGCGGGGCUGUUCCCGCAGCAGUCGAUGGAGUGGCUGUCGACGGUGGCGGAGUACAUGAACUCGCACGCGAUGCACUUCCCGUGCCUGGCGGGGGCCGGCGCGCGCGGCGGCCGCGUGCUGGCGUGCUCGCGCUGCGUGCGACACCUCGCGCGCCAGUGGGAGCUGCUCGACGCCGAGCGCGUGCCGCUCGAACACCGCAGGUACAACAUCCCGUCGCCACUGCCGGCUAACUCGUCGAUGAACGGCGAGCGAGUCAUCCCCACCCCACCGUCGACGACGUCCGACCGGACCGUCGCUAGUAAUAAUGCGUGUACGUCAAUCUACUGUUUCCUGUGCGGGCUGCACUCGGACUUCACGUUAGCGCGGAUCCUGUACGGCCAGCCGCAGGGCAACGCGCCAUACUUCCCCUGUCUCCUCACACACCAGAGUCACCCGAACGCGGAGCAGCUGCGCGAGAACGGGUCGGCGCUGGUGUGCACCUUCUGUUACCACUCGCUGCUCAGUCAGUGGCGGAGGUACGAGGCGCUGGGCGGGUACCCGGCGGAGCGGCGCGUGUACAACACGCACGACUACCACUGCCAUCUGUGCGGCAUCAAGACUUACAGGAAACGAGUUAGGGCGCUACCUAUUAAAGAAUUCCCAUUCUUAGUGCAAAGGCGGACUGAAAAUUCAUUAUUAUUAGAAAAUGGCGAUUAUGCCGUAGUAUGUUUAGAUUGUUAUGAAAGUUUAAGGACGCAGGCGCAGGACUACUGCCGGCGCGGGGUGCCGGUGGACAAGCGCGAGUACAACUGGCUGCAGCAGCCGCCGCCGCCCGAGGACUCCGCCGACGUCACCAUCGCACGCCUGCCGUCAGGGGACCGCUCUGACAAGCUCAUCCCGCAGUCGCUGGUGAUGUCCCGCGGCAGCUCGAAGCGGAACAGCCCCAAGCAGCCCGCCGCGCCCGAGCGACGCCUCGCGCCCAACAAGCUCGACAAGAACGAACAAGGUGUGAGUGCGAGCAAAAUACCUAAGCGAGCCGAGAUCCCCCCGAACAAAGGCGGUCCGUUCGCGGCGGCGCUACGGACGCUCGCCAAGAACGCGGGACCCGACGCUAAGGACGGCACGGCGGCCGCGGCCCCCGACAAGGAGAAGCCGGCGGCACCGCCCAAGCGCGCCAGCCCGCACCACCUGCCCGCCAGCGGCUUCCAGCCCUACCGACCUGAUGACAGACUGUCGCACCCGGCGGCGUCGUUCCCGCUGCUGGAGCCGAGCGCGUACUCGCCCUAUGCGCACCCCAGCAUCUACUCCAGCGCCGCGCUGCAAUACAGACUGGCGGCGGAGGAGCAGAUGUACCUGGAGCGCGUGUUCCGCAGCGGCGCGGUGGGCUGGCUGCCGCCCUACGCGCUGUACCCGCCGCUGGCGCCGCCGCUGCCGCUCGUGCACCCGCACCACGACGACAAGGAGCACCGCGACCGCGAGCGCGAGAGUUUGUACAAACUCCACAGGGAGCGCGAGCGCGAGCGCGAGCAGCGCGAGAAGGAGCAGCGCGAGCGACUGCAGCGCGACAAGGAGCGAGCCCUGCUGCACCCGCAGCUGCUGCCGCCGCCCUACCUGCCGCGCGCGCUGCUGCCGCCGCCGCUGCUGUACCGCCCCUACCGCGUGUUCCCGCCCGAGCCCGCGCCGCCCGCCGCGCCCGCCGCCGAGCCGCCCGACGAGCGGCCCGCAGGUGACGACGCGCCCGCCUGACCGCCGCACGCACACACACACUCUAUAUAUCCGUCUUUUGCAUAUUCUAGCGUCAAUCGACUUAUAUUAUUGUACAAAAUCAUGGUUUCUUUUGUACGCAGCGGUGUACCCGCAUGCGGUGGGUGAGACGCGUAUUGCGAUCUUGUCGAUUAUGAAUUUUUUUUAAUGUAUUGCGCAUCGAACUGAUAUGCGGUAAGGCUAAUAUCAGUUGAAGUAUGAAACAACAUAUAAAAAAUAAAACAAUAGCUAAAAUUAACUACAAAAAGUAUUUUCACAUAUCAACAUUUUUAAAUAAAAAAACAUGUCCACUAAUAUAGUCAAUCACUAAUAAAAUAAUUUCUCCUAUUUUAAUAAUCACAUUGAUAUUUCACAAUUUCAUGAUUAAAAUUGAUCCAAGUCUCAUAAAUCCUUAUAAGACUGUUUAUCGGUUCGAUCGUAUUGCAUAGAUCUACAACAAAUUGUAUCAUAAAUUAUACUUUCCCUCCUCAUUCGCUGAAAGAAUCGAAAAUAGCCAAUCGUUGUUUCAAGAACUUUGUCGUUUCACAUACAAUUGUUAACAUUAUUUCUGUUACUUUGUUAAUUCAUCCUUGUUUUAUGUGUACUAAUUUAUUUAGUAUUACCGAAAUAAAUGUACAUCGGGAAAUCAGUGCAAACGCUGACAUUGUAUGCAAUAUUAACCAUAGACAUUAUUCACGUGAGACUUACAAGUAAAUAAGUAAUAACUUGUAUAAAAAUUAAUUUGCUAGGUAGCCUAAAACUCAUAUUUGAAAAUACAUAUAAAUCGGUGCGCUAAUAGAUAUAAGAAAGUUCGUCACUAGUCAAGGGUAAAGCCAAUCGACUUUUUUAUCGAUAUUUUAGUAGACUCGAAAUACUAUCGAAGCUUAAGUUUCACGUAAAUAAUGUUUCACGACUUUUGACUGAUUUUUUUUGUAAUUUAAAGUACUUGAUGACAAUUAUGGAAUACAGAUAUAUUUGAAAUAUAAUUAUAUUCAUAAUUGUAUCUUCCAAUUGCUAGAGACUUAUCGAGAGAAAUUGUUACUUGUGUGCUUUUAUCGAAACCGAUCGAACAAUCGUUAUGUUUAUUUGUGUUCCGAGUGAGUGUAUCGUUAUGCCAAUAGUUUGACAACUUUGUAUUGAUUUUUAAUACUGAUUCGUAUGUUUGUGAUAAAGUAAUGUUAAUUUAGUGUUGUGACAGGAAUUGUUUGUUAUCUGACAAUAACGCUGAGUUUCAUAUGAAAAGACAAUAAGUUUGUGUAUUCGUUUUUUGAAGUUUUUUUGUUAGUAAGUUACUAACUACAUAAAUCACUUCCAAUCAUUAUAUCGAUACUGAUAGGUUUUCAUCAGUGUUUUGUAAACAAAAAAUCGAUUUUCUUUUGUAUUUAUUUGUUAUGAAUUUUUCAAUAAGGCUGAUAUCCAGUCUUCUGUAGUUGUAAGACGAAGCUUGUCACGCGAAUGUUUGUACGUUUGUAAGUUAUGUAACAGCGGUCAGUUUCGAUACAAGUGCACAACUGUUGCUACUCACCGCGACGGCACUACAUUGCAAUGUCAACCUUAUGUUAAGUGUGUACGGUGCAACUGUCUCCUGUGUGUGCACGAGAGAGUCGACAGAGUGAAGCCAAACGAUAGAACUGCCGAGUUCCUACAUAUAUAGCGCCUCUACGCUUACUUACACGUGAUGUUACUGUCUGCUGAUCAAACCCUGACGAAUAAACGACUGCCCGGCGCAGACUUACUACAUACCAUGUGCGGUUAUUUAAAAUUAUAUAUACAUUUAGAUGUAAACAAAUGUAUCGAUCGAUAAUGCACGAAUUAUAUACGUAGGCAUGCGCCGUGUCGCCCGCCCCCAACUGUACUUACUGCGGGGCCCGGGGGCCCGGGCCGGGCCGGUGUCGGGCCCCGGCUCGCGGGCCCCCGCGCCGCUGCGGGCCCCGGGCGACGCGUCGCAACUAUUAAUUUAAUUUGUAAUUUCGGUAGUGCGGGGCGACUGUGAUGGACCCCGCGUGACCGACGACUGCAGUGUUUAACGAACAUUCUAAUACAAAACACGAAAUUUUAUAACAAAAAAACCUCUUUAUACGUUAACUUAGAUAGUUAUUAUUAAUUUUAGCUUUUAAUAGGUGUUCAAUAUUUUUCAAUGUUUUUUUGAAUCACGAGCAGCAUUUAGGCGCACGGCGUGUUGUCGUGCUCCAAGUGUCAGUGUCCGAUAUGUCAUGUAAAUAUUAUAUUUAAUAGUUAGAUAUGAUAUGGACAAUACCUAACAAGUGAAAAAAUAUGGUUUUAUUGAAAAAUACAUUCAAUGAAAUUAA